GGUAAUCGAUAGGGUCGGCUCAUCGGAGUACAUAGGUACCUCCUAAGAGAGGCCCAGAUCUCGCCAAUUUAAGUUGCCGGAUAUUCGAAAGCUUCCACCUCCAUGCGUGUGCUGGAAACAUACCUCAUUUCCUUUAUCCAUCUCUCGAAAAAGGUACAUGAGAGGUAGAUAUUUUGAACCGCCAUAUCCAGUCCAAAGUACAAUAUGCAGAUAUCGAAGUCCAUAGAUGAGGGCGCGUAUGAGGGCGUCGGCCUACUCAUAUUGGGAGCGGGUUGGACUUCAACAUUUCUUAUUCCGCUCCUAAAACGCGAGCAGAUUAAGUAUGCUGCUACAACUACGGACGGCCGAGAUGACACGAUUCGAUUCAAGUUCGAUCCCAAAUCGAGUGACGCGGGGCCGUUCGAGGUGCUACCCAUCGCCAAGACCAUACUAAUCACAUUUCCACUCCAGGGAGAAGGCCAAGCAGAGCAUCUGGUACGCAUGUACGAAUCCACACAUCAGAAGUCCGGUCGCUCCAAACCACACUUUAUACAACUAGGCGCUACAAGUAUUUGGACGGCUCCAAAAUGGCAGGACGAAUCGUCACCCUACGAACAUGCCGACUCCCGUGCCAUAGCCGAAGAUGAGUUGAUGGCAUGUUCCGAGGGCGCCGUACUGAACCUCGCCGGACUGUACGGAAAUGCCCGCCAGCCGCGGGAUUGGGUAGACCGCGUGGUGAAGUCGAAGUCCGAUUUAAAGGGGAAAGGCGCACUACAUGUCAUACAUGGUGAGGACGUCGCCAGAGCCGUCGUCGCACUACACCGAAAUUUUACCCCUAAGAAACGGUGGCUUCUGUGUGACAUGCAUGUCUACGACUGGUGGGAUUUAGUACAAGACUGGGCAAUCCAAACUUUGCGAAGCACCGAGGUUGGCGUCGGUCAAGUUGACACAUCGACCGCCAAGGUCGAGAGGCAGACGGAGUUGCUGAAUUGGGUUGGCGAGCUCAUGGUAGAAGAGGGCGUAAGGGCACUCCCAAGAGAUACGUCUUCGCUGGGGAGAAUACUGGAUGGUAGAGGAUUCUGGAAAACAAUGGGCAUCUGGCCGACUCAAGGGCGAAUUAGAUAAAGAACAAGCCCCCCCUCAGUUCACACUCGAAUCUUCCAGAGACCAACGGCUACGUAUUACUAUAUUAAGGUAAAUCUAGAUCUAUCA